AUGACAAAGGAUUCACCCACCCCCUUGGGUGGUGGCCGCGCGUCGCCCAAGAAGCCAGGCAGCCCCGGCCCAGUGGCAGCAGUGCUGGAGGAGCAGAGACGAGAGCUAGAGAAACUGCGGGCAGAGCUGGAGGCCGAGCGCGCGCGCGGCCGGUCGGAACGGCGGCGUUUCGCGACCCAGGCGCGCCAGCUGCGGGAGUCGGCGGAGCAGGAGCGGCAGCAGCUGGCUGACCAUCUGCGCUCCAAGUGGGAGGCACGACGCCUCCGGGAGCUGCGGCAGCUGCAGGAUGAGGUGCAGCGCGAGCGUGAGGCCGAGAUCCGGCAGCUGCUGCGCUGGAAGGAAGCAGAGUUGCGGCAGCUGCAGCAGCUGCUACACCAGGAGCGCGACGUGGUAGUGCGCCAGGCACGGGAGCUUCAGCGCCAGCUGGCCCAGGAGCUGGUGAACCGGGGUUACUGUGGCCGCUCGGGGGCGUCCGAUGCCUCCGCCGCACAAUGCCGCUGUCGCCUGCAGGAAGUGCUGGCGCUGCUACGGUGGGAGACCGACGGCGAGCAAGCUGCGCGAAUCCGCCACCUGCAGGCGGCGCUAGACGUGGAGCGCCAGCUCUUCCUUAAAUAUAUCCUGGAGCACUUUCGCUGGCAACCCGCUUUACCAGAACCCACGGACCCCCAAGCCACACAUCCCUUGGAAGAGCCACCCCUAGAAGCCCAGAGCGACACUCGUGACAGCCCAAAGCCAGCUCGUCGGCUCGGAUCCCUCGAAAGCCUGAACACUGGCGUCAGGGUUCGUUCUCCAAACCAUCUGCUGCCCACGCGCGCCAGCUCCCUCGAAUCCUUGACAACAGCACUUUCCUGCUCCCUGGACAGCACACUGAAUUGCCCCCAGGUUUCCGAAUCCGAAGUGUUGGUCUCUUCGACUAGCGCCUCCAUCCCAGGCACCUCCAGUCCCCAGCCGCCGCCUCAGGUGCCACCAACACAUAGGAAACCGAGUGACCUGCAGGAAGAAAGUUCCGAGAACAAGCCCUGCGAAGACCUGACCCCUUCACCGCCGGGUCUGGACUACCACGAAUUAGUAAGGCAGAACUCGGAGCUGGCCGAAGCAUUGCAGGUGCUGGUUCGCCGCUGCUGUAGCCUGCGCGAAGAGAACUUGGAGCUGCGGCGCACGAGCUUCCCAGAUGAGGCCAGUGAGAAAGUGAAAUGGCUCAAGGUGAAGCACUCUGAGCUGACCGAUCUCCCUCAGCGUGUUGAAGACAGGGCCCGCAAGCUGCAGGAGACCAACCUGCGGACCGUGAGCGCUCCUAUGCCCGGCGAGAGCCUUGAAGGAUUGGACCUGGGCCAAGUGUUUGCCCGCCAGCGUGCUCAGGAUCUGUCAGAAGAGGCUGGUGCACUGCAAGCCAAGGAUCUGCAGAUCGAAGCAUUAAGGCGGGAGUGCCACCUGCUGCAGGCGCGCAUCGCCGCGGACCUUAGCAGCUCCUCGCAUCCUGUAGAGGGCGCCACCUGCGCACAAUGGUGCAACUUUAAUGAUUUGGACCGGCUGCAGCGUGAGUCUCAGCGGGAAGUGCUGCGCUUGCAAAGACAGUUGACUCUACAUCAGAGUAAAGCUGGCGCCUGGGCGGAAGCGGGUAGCCUCAGCGCACCCUCAGAGAUAGCGCGGCACCAGGUGCAGGCGCUAGAGCGCGAGCUGGGUGCACGGCGGCGGGAAUGCGAGGAGCUGAGCUCUCAGGCAGCGGCCGCUGAGCGGCGCUACGAGGAGGCAGAGGCACAACUGCAGGCCGCGCUGCAUAAGGGCGCCAGGCUGUCAGAGGAGAACGCCCGGCUGCAGGCCCUGGCCAGCUGGGUGAAGAAGAGGGCAGACGAGAACAGCAACGUUCCCCCACAGCAAACGCACCCGAGGCAGAGGCAGGAACUCGAAGCCACUGGCCUGCUGUCCGAGCAGCUGCUGCAACAAGCGGGGUAUGCGCAAGACAGGCAGCAGCAGCUGCACCACUACCAUAACAAAGCGCCGAGUGACCUUCGGGCUUCAGGGAAAGAGAUGCAGGGGUUGCAGUGUCAGCCUGGCCACCACUCCGAGACAUCGGAGACCACCCAAGCUUCAGAGUCCCAAGGCAGGGGUAGCAGGAGGCCCAAGUUCAAGCCAAAGUCUGAAGAGCAUUCAUUGUCACUGCCAACCAGGGACAUACAACUUCCUGCUUGUCUCUCCCAGCAGGAGAACCCAGUUACCCUUGGAGAAACACCUGGUGCCCCCCAAGUGUCAGACAGAAAUCCUACCAGUCAGCCUCUGGACUCCAGGCCACAGGCCAAGAGAAGCAGUUCACAGUCAAAUUCCUCCUCAGAGGUAGAGUCCAUGUGGGCUACAGUGCCAUCUUGCCUCUCUCUGGACAUGGACACAGCGAGUGAAGUGGAUGACUUAGAACCAGACAGCGUGUCCGUCCCCCUGGAAGGGAGGAGCUCUGAGGCUCCGGACACCCCCACGCUCAAGGUCUUUUUGGCUAGAUGCAGCUAUAAUCCAUUGGAAGGGCCUAAUGAGCAUUGUCCGGGCGAGCUGCCCCUCACAGCCGGGGAUUAUGUAUACAUCUUUGGAGACGUGGAUGAGGACGGCUUCUACGAAGGGGAGCUUGUGAAUGGCCAGCGAGGGCUGGUUCCGUCUAACGUGGUGGAGCCGGUUUCAGGGAGCCCCAUGCUCACCUGCCUGUUCCCCCCGUGCCCUAGCACUGCUCCCACGGAGCAGAGCAAAGUCUUGAAAGGCGGCUUAUUACUUGAGGGAGUACAGGUGUCGCUAGAGAGAGGCCCAUGUCAGGUGGGAGGGGCAGACUCGAAGACCGAUAUGGCAGUAGAGAUCUUGAAAGCCAAGACAGGAGCCUGGCUGGACUUGAAAGCAACCCCAGAGGAGCAGAGCUACUCCAGGCCCCUUCUGGGGGCCAAAGAAGUCUUCUGCCUGGCCCCCAUGCAACUACAGCUGCAGAACAUCACAGCUACCUCUGCCACGAUUACCUGGGCUGCGGGCAGCAAUAGAUACUCCCAUGUGGUGUACCUUGAAGACAAGGAGCACACCCUAACUCCCUCAGGCGUGAACUGCUACACCUUCCAAGGCCUAUGUCCUGGAACACGUUACCGGGUGAGGGUUGGGGUGCAUCUACCCAGGGACCUGCUACAGGUGCUCUGGGAAACAAUGUCGUCCACGAUAACUUUCCAUACACCUUUAGCAGGACCCCCUGACCCUCCUCUGGAUGUGUUGGUGGAGCACCAUGCCUCCCCGGGUUUCCUGGUCGUCAGCUGGCUCCCUGUGACCAUCGACUCAGCAGGGUCCUCCAAUGGAGUGCAGGUCACUGGCUACGCUGUGUACGUGGACGGGUUCAAGGUGACGGAAGUUGCUGACGCCACUGCUGGCAACACCCUGCUGGAGUUCUCCCAGCUUCAGAUUCCCCUAGCCUGCCAGAAGGUUUCAGUGAGAACCAUGUCACUCUAUGGCGAGUCCCUAGACUCGGUGCCGGCUCAGAUCCCGGAGGAUUGUGUCUCUUGUUACCCGUUCCUAGAGGCUCCUCCCUUUAGCUACAAAGAUGGUGACCCUUCUACCUGCAGAGUGGCUUUCCCUGUCUGUCACCAGAAACUGGUACAAGCACCCCUGAGUGCCAAGUCCAGCCCACAGGCUCCUGGAAGCUGUGGGGAGCCUCAGGCUAAGUUUCUAGGAGGAUUCCCUGAAGAGCCUCCAAGGAAGCAUUUACCGGUACCCAGCCUGAGUUCAGAUGGGGCGAACAGCCAACUCCAGGGCCCCCCAGAGGCCUGGAAGGACUAUGAGAAGGACCUGUCCUUUCAGAAGAGUACCCAGAACCACAAGGCACCUCUGCUCUUUGACCAGUCUGGGGUGGAAGAAGGCCACGUCCCACACAUGUGUGUCAGCGGGAGUCCCGCUCCAAGAUUUGCCCAGCACUCCCCAGAGAUUGGACCUGGGAAAGCGCUGCAUUGGGAGAAGCCUGGCUUUGAGAAAGGCCUUCUUCAAAAGCCAUAUUCUCAGAGGGGCCCAGCUCACCGGCCAGGCUCCAGCCAGUGCCACACGGCUGACUUCCAUCAUGUUUUGGAAGAGGAAGAGGCUCUGUGUUUGGAUUCUCGGUGCACAGAGAAGCCAGAGCAAAGAAAGAUCAAGGCCCAAAGUGGACAAAGACAGGGGACUCCAGGAAGCAAGAGAGAGUGCCAGUUCCAUGAGCCUACUUCAGUGCUGUGCCCAGCACCGACCAGCCAAGUCCUUAAGAUGGCAAGUUGUGGCCCCGAGCAGCUGGAGACAGAAGCCCACGGUCCAGUCCGGAUCUUUGUGGCCCUCUUUGGUCACAGCCCCCUGGUAAUGCCAGUCAAUCCCGAAGCUGCCGAAGAAGAGCUGGCCUUCCAGAAAGGGCAGCUGCUGAGAGUGUGGGGCUCACGGGACCCCUGUGGCUUCUACCACGGAGAGUGCAAUGGACAAGUGGGCAAAAUCCCUGGGCACCUGGUUGUUGAGAUAGAGGUGGGCACAGAGCAGGCAGAUGGGAGGUGGCAUCUGCCAGGCCAAGGGCAUCUGCAUUCCGAGGCUCAGCGUGAAGACUUGGAGAGUCUAACCAACUCCCCAGGAUCCUUUAUGCCUCAAGGGAACUCUAGAACACCCAGACCAUGGACCCCAAAGACAAUGGUGGCAGCUCUGGACUAUGACCCCAGGGAUGGGAGAGCAGGGGUCCGGGCGAAGGGCAAGCUGGUGCUGAGGGCUGGAGAUGUAGUCACCGUUUAUGGGCCUGUGGAUGAUAAGGGAUUCUACUAUGGUGAGUGUGGUGGACACAGGGGCCUGGUCCCAGCCCAUCUGCUGGAUGACUUGCCGGUCCAUGGAGAGUAAGCACGACUCCCCUUUAGGGCGGUAGCCUCUGGCUACCCACACCCCUUGGAAAACGAAGCAAGCACGUACAUCUUCACACAACAUCCCUCCUCACCAGCCACCUUAAGCAACACUGGCUCCAGGCAGCAUCACCUGAGACUGACAACCAUCCCCAGAUGU